UCUCCUGUUCGCGAAACCUAGCGCACGGCCAGCCGACUAUAACCGCCGGCGGUAGCCGACCUUGGCUAGGUUCCUCCGUCCUACUGCACCCGCUCGACUCGACGGCCGACAUGUGGCCGUCCCUUCGUCGAGCCGCCAGAUCAAAGAAUGCUGGCCAUGUGUUUCCUAUAUGUUCUGGAUCCAUGGAUAGUAAAUUGACAGGUCGAGGCUUGAGCGAUAGUGGUUGUCAGGUGUUAUCCCAAUUGCUUCCACUUGGGUAUCCGGAAAGUCUGUUCCCCAUCUUUCGGAGAUUUUGUGCAGAAUCCACAGAUAGGCUCUCCAACAGCAAAUUUUGUGACGAGUUGCGAGGUCACGAAGCAGCUGAUCAACCAGAUGACAACUUUGAUUGCAACGAUGAGCCCAGCCAUGGUAAUGUUACCAUCGAGGCCAGCAAGAAACCUAAUGCAACAAAACCUAGUAUUUCAGGAUCUUGGAGUUCUAAUAUGGAUCACAGUGCUGAUCUAAAAUCACGACACAGAUCCCGCAGGCCUUUUCUCUUCCAGGCCGUGUUGGAUGCUCCUUCACAUUCUAUUGGAUCCAUGCUUGAUAGAUGGCUUGGAGAUAGUAACCAGCUUGAAAGAAAUGAAGUGUUGCUCGUUUUGUUUCACCUCAAGAAGCAGCGAUUGUAUUGGAAGGCUUUGCAGUUUGUUGAGUGGAUGGAAGGAAGAAAUCUACUCAAUUUUGAAGAACGUGACUACGCUUGUCAUCUUGAUUUGAUUGCACGGAAUAGUGGUAUUGAAAAUGCUCAAAAGUACAUUGCAAGGGUCCCAAAGCCCUUCAGGAAUGAUAUCCUGUACGAAACUCUACUCGUGAACUGUGUCUGUGUGAGCGAUAUCCAGAAAGCAGAAAACGUUUUCAGGGAAAUAAGAAACCUCUCUUUACCCUUAACUGUCUCUGCUUGCAACCAGAUGAUAUUGUUGUACAAGAGGGUUGCUCGUAAUAAGGUAGCUGAUAUACUCAUGCUGAUGGAAAAGGAAAAUAUCAAACCCUCUCCCUUCACAUACAAGCUCCUAAUUGACUUGAAAGGGCGAGCAAAUGACAUGUCAGGCAUUGAGCUGAUCUUAAAUGAGAUGAAGGCCAGUGGUGUUGAGCCAGAUUUUGCUACACGGACAAUGGUUGCGGAAUUCUACAUAUCUGGGGGCCUUACAGAGAAAGCAGAAGCAGUUAUCAGGGAGAUGGAAAUGGAGUAUAUCAAGGAUAAACGACAUGCUAUCAGAUCUCUUCUUCAUCUCAAUGCAGCUCUCAGCAAGCCAGGUGAGGUGGCGAGGAUAUGGAAGUUGUGCACGGAUCCUAAUUUGGAGGAUUUCAUGGCUGCAAUUGAGGCAUGGGGUAAACUUGGGUGUAUCAAACAGGCAGAGGAGACCUUUGAGGCAAUGCUCGAAACAACAAAAAAAGUAUCUUCCAGGUAUUAUAACGCGAUGCUGAGUGUGUAUGCAGAAAAUAAACUUAUGGCCAAGGGCAAAGAGUUUGUAGAAAGGAUGUCUUCUGAUGGGUGUCCAGAUGGCCCUCUAACCUGGGAAGCGCUUAUCAAGCUCUAUGUAAAUUCAGGUGAGGUAGAGAAAGCUGAUUCGUUUCUGCUGAGUGUUACAGAGCAGAACCCUGACCGAAGGCCCACUUAUGGCUCAUACAUCUAUUUACUGAGGGCAUAUGCAGAAAAGGGUGAUAUUCAUAAUGCCGAGAAGAUAUUUGAUGGGCUGAAGAUGGUAGGGUACCCAGGAAGGAAACCACCUUAUGCUGUGUUACUUGAAGCUUAUGUCAAUGCCAAAGUCCGACCCUACGGGUUCAGAGAGAGAAUGAGAGCUGACGGAGUACAUCCGGUCAAGAAAGUGAUAGAUCAUUUGAAGUUUCUUGACAAGUUAUACCUAAAGGGGGGCGUUACCGAAUUGAAAGGCUGACAUUUUUCUAACGGAUGUCAUUUAGCAUUUCUUGAGAAGUUCUACAGAGAAGAGUCUACUUGGAGCUGGUAGACUGAAGAAUAGAAGAAUCCAUUAUGCUUUUGAUGUUUUGCUGAUUCGAAUCCAUGCACGUAGUUGAAUGAUGGUCAAAGUUUUAAGGGAGUUAGUGAUCCGAAUUGCAGGCUUCUCUUGAGAGGUAGCUGGUUAGCAACGUUUAGUGAAGGAAAAUGAAAACAUGCUCUUUUCAGGGUGCUUGCUUCCCUGAAAUUUACACCGAUUUUCAAAUUUGGCACUCCCUCCAUCCCAUGAAACAUGUCUGAGAUUUGUCAAAAUUUGGAUGUAUCUAGAUGCUAUUUUGUGUCUAGAUACAUCUUAAUUUAGACAAAUCUCCGACAUGUUUUAUAGAAUGGAGGGAGUACGGUGCAAACUUACUGAAACACAAUUGCUUUAAAACUCAUGAUUGCAUGUCUGUAAAGAAUCUGGAAUAACAAUGCUGAUAAGAGAAAGGAUAUCUGCAGUUUGGGCUUCA